UCUUCAGUGGUGCAAGCAUGGCUGGGACUGAUACAGAACAGAAGCCGAUUUUGGAGAUGGUCCAAGCAGAUGGAGCUGAUGAAGGCUGUGUGACGUUUGUUCUGCAUGAAGAGGACCACACACUGGGCAACUCGCUCAGAUACAUGGUUAUGAAGAAUUCUGAAGUGGAGUUCUGUGGCUACAGCAUUACACACCCAUCCGAGAGCAAGAUCAACUUCCGUGUACAGACACGAGGAAGUCUUCCAGCAACCGAACCUCUGCGCAAGGGUUUGAAUGACCUCACUGAUGUCUGUAAACAUGUCCUGCACACAUUUGAGGUCUGAUGCACAUAGGUGGGAAUGGGAUGCGGGGUGAGUUCCUUGACCCAGACUGCUCUACAUUGGAGCCAUUCCAGGCUGUGCUCUCUACCUCCUGAUUGGGAACAACUUGGGUUGAAUCACGAGUGAAACGGGAAGCCCAACAGCAGCCUAUCAGGAGCAGAAUCACCAGCCACACUGACUUCAUCCUCUGCAUUCUGUUGAAACACUGAUAGAGAUGUGGAUGAGCGUUUAUGAGGUUCCUUGGGAACUUUGUGAUGUACCUGUGCCAAAAAAACAGUUUGUGUUAGAUAAUCCAUUAGAACAGCUCUUGAGCUUACACAUGUACUGAAGUAUACAUAAGACACAAGACAAUAUUUUUGCUGAGAGAAGUCAUGAAGUGGUGAAAAGAGUGUUUGCCUGAGGAGCAUUUCAGCUGGCUCUCUCUGAGUCGUAGUACAUCCUACCUUACACACUGAAAAAUGAAAACAUGCAACAGAUCUGUUUUCUGAAAAAAGGUAUUUUAAUCUUAUCAGAAUGGACCACCACCUUUCACAUUGUCCUUCACUUUUAUAUCUUAUCUGUAAACAUACACACAGCAGACAGUUUCUAAACAAGAUAAUGGAGUCAUGUCAUUUAGUUCAGAGUAAUAUCCAGACUUCUCCAAUGCUUCUAUUUUUUGAUGACUGAGAAUGAUAUUAUUUUUUUCUUUGCCAUUUGCUUGUAAACAAAAAUAUCCAAAGCCCUAUGAAGUGGCCAUAGUGUGACAAUUUUCCAUACUCCGCCUGUUCAUUUCCCAUAAAAGUUCCCCCUCCAGCCACUAUAUAUUAUUAUAUUAGUUGCUGAGAGCUGGGGUGGGACUACAAACAGAAAGAUCCUUUCUCUUUCUUGUCUUUGGGGCAUUAGAAGUCAUGUGCAUCCCCUCAGUAUGAAUAGGUUGAUUGAUCAAGCACUAAAGCAUAUGUGAGACAACUUGAAAACUGGCAAGCCAAAUUAGUAAUUGUGGAAUAAUGCUGAAAAUAAGGCAAUUGUAAGAAUUUGGAUGUGCCUGUGGUAUCAUCAUGAUAUGACAUUGUGUAAUAAUGUAACAUGUUAUUUAUAAAGUAUUUAACCAAAAAGCAUGCAUUGUGCUUCAUAGUAUCAAAGAAUUCAUACAAAAAUGGA